AAUGUUAUCCAAAGAUCCAAAAAUGAGACCAACUGCAAAUGAGUGUUUAAACCAUGAUUUUUUUACUCAAACAGAGAAACCUUCAAAUACACAUAAAAAAUUGUUUUUUGCAUAGACAAGAUCAGCAACUUUGACUGUGGAUUUUUCAUCUCCUGAAGAAAAACCAGAUUAUAAAGGAUCAUUUAUAACAAAUGAUAUUGUGCCAUAAUUACCUUAAAUGCCAAAAAUGGUGAUGAAAUUCAAUACAACUGAAUUUGAAUAAUAUGAUUGA